AUGGAUGCUAGUGAUGACUCUUCGUUCUAUCUGUAUGGUAUGGGCGAGAGGCCCGAGGCCCUUACCCUCGGAUCGUUGGUCCUAGAAAGAUACUGGGAACCACUGGUUGCAAGACAUUAUACGCACGAGUUACUGAGCCAGGAAGCACUCCAGGAGUACGCCUACGUCAGCAAUAUCUCCAACGUGAUCUUCCACGGACGCUCUCGCCUGACACCUGCCGUCGGCCUCAGUGGCGGGGAUAUCAUCGACCUCACUCUCGCCUGGAAUAAGGAUUCUGAGCGCAUUGUAGUAGCAAGGAAGGGAGCGCGAAUAAUCCUGAAGGAUCCUGAAGAAUUCCUGGUAACAUCCGUCCUGAGCAACCCUAAGGCACAGGAGAAGCUCAAACUAUGGCUUUCAGCCGCUCGGAGUGCCUACGUCCUGAACUUUAAGUUCGCACGUCGGCCGAAGGUCUGGAUGCUGACUGGUCUGUAUCUCCUCGAAGAUGCGCGUACAAUGGUCUCUCGCCAUAACUCCAGUAAGUUAUCAGCAGGGGUCUCGGCUUCCCUCGUCGGUGCGGUAUCAAGCGUACCUGUGGGCGGGUCUUUGAGUCUCGGGGAGGGCACUUCCUGGGAGAUGACCAUGGAACUGACCGAGCAGCAUGUUUGGGCUGCCCAGUACCGCUUACUAGAUGCUCGUUUUGUCAAGGUUGGCAAGGGAGGUGCGGAUAGUGUGAAGCUACCGCUUUCCAUGGGGUUGUAUCGUGAUGUCUUGUCAGUGAACACUGUUAGAGGCGCGGAAACCGACGAAGUGGAAUUAGAAUUGAAGGGUGAGAAGCAGGCCAUUGACGAAUCGGGCCAGGAUGUGGAGGAGGAUCAGGAUAGUGAAGAGCUGGAGGCGUAUGAAAAGCGAUUAGAGGAGGCCAUUUCUGUUUUUGAGAAGGCUCCGUCGCAUUUUUUGAAGUGA